CUAGUUAGCUUUUGUUUGCACUGUGGCUAAGGUGCAACCUUCUGUAAAAAUGUGUUGUGUGGGGGCGGUGUGAUUUUUUUUCUUUACCGUUAGUCUGCUGGCCAACUUUAAGAUGCUAAACACAACGAGCUGUAUCAAUACGUGACUAUUUAAACCACAGUAAUUAAGACGAAAGGCUCCAGUCGUGCUAUGUUCUUGACAAAUGCUAGCUAGAGUAGCUGAGCGGUUGCCAAUGGAGACAGGAGGCGCUUAUGUGUGUUCAUUUUAUGCUGCUCUUAAAUCCAGAGCUGCUAACAGUGACGAUGAAAUGAUAAAUAAAUAAAAAAUGACAGUAAAAAUUUAUUCUUCUCUUUUCCUUUGCACUGUUAGCUCAAUGGCUACUUUUACACUGUAAACCCACCAGCACAGAUUGAACAUGGCUACAAAGCCGAAGGGGAAAGCCUCGAAAAGUUCAUUCAAGGAUGAUUUGCUUGACAGCUUGCUUGAUGAUGACAAGCAGCCAGUAAGGACGAAAGCAUCACGCGAUGGACCUAUGUAUAGCACGCUAGCACAGGAGAUAAAAAUGGAUGGUGCGGACACUGAGGACUCGGAUGUGUCAGCGGCUGAUCCCAGCGACAUACUCAAGAGCAUGAAGGACAUGGACGACAUGGACGCUGACCUCUUUGCAUCAAAGAAGAAGCCUAGUUUGGCUCCCGCGCAAACAAAGCCACUUGUUAGCGAAGGACCAAAGAAAGACUCUGCUGUGCUCGAGAGCAAUGCAAAACCAGAGGGAGCAGAUGAACCCACCAUAGGGGGGAAGAAGCCGAACUCUGCACCUUUAUCCUCAGCGCGGAGUUAUAAGAAGUUCACCUUCUCUGACAGUGGUGGUGAGGACGAAGGUGUUGCUCAGACUCCUUACGCUGAAGAUCUAGACGACCCCCUGAAUGAUUUGCUUCCAGGUGACUCAAAGCCUGACUUGAAAUCUAGCUUCUCCAAACCUGAAAAAUCCGUGCCAUCUCCUUCAGCAUCUCCCAUGCUAAAGAAUGAAACGACUAAGGCAACAAAGAAAGGCGAGCUCACGUUUGAGGAUGAUAAGGAUCACCUAAUGGAUGCACUCGGAUUUGACAGUGACAAAAACAAUCCCAAGAAAAAAGAGACACCGCUUUGGUCUCCCAAGGAGAGAGCCGACGCCCCUCAGAGACCUCGUACCAGAAUUGAUGAGAUUCUGGAGAGUUUCACGUCACCGCGUCUUCUGGAGCGACCACCAACGGGCGAGAGGAACGACGAGCUUCAGUCUCAAGAGAAGCCGCAACAGGAGAAGACGUCUGCUGGGAAAGAGCUGCAUUUAGACGACGACCUCACAUUUGGAUCCUAUCAGCCCACACUGGGAUCCACUUCUGAAGGGCGUCAGUCUCGUAGACAGUCUGUCAGAUUUUCUACUGAGGACAUGAGUGUAUCUACGCCAGAAAAGAAGCCAAAGCCCACCACUCCCACAUCUUCUCGACAACGCAACUCAGCCGACUGGCUGGGCCUCAAGACAGAAGAUGAGCCCGUCUAUCUAGAGGAGGGCGUCGAUAAGACAAAGAAUCCAGCAGAGGCUUCAAAGAGCCCCUCGUCUCCUUUACUGGAGAGAAAGACCUCGUUCACUGAUAGCCAUUCCACAUCUGUUGCAAAAACACCAGAAGAGAGCUCAGCCCCAACUGACAAUACCAUUAAACAGGCCAAGCCUGAGGUUUCUAAAACCCAGAGGAAAGAAGGGGAUGAUGAGGAUGACUGGUUAGCUGGGGCACUGAGCAGGAGGAAGGCUCUGUCCACGUUAAACACAGAGGCAAAACCAUCCAAGCAGGAAGAGUCUUUCACUGACUUCAGUGUUAGUAAACAAGUAACAUCACAAACUCCCAAAAGCAGAGAAGACACGCUUCCUUCAAUCAAAGAAACGAGUGACACUUUUCCCGGACGCCUCGGUCCUGCUGCUCAUUCCACGCCUGUCAGAGAAGAAAGGCUUAAUCAUGUUCCGCAGCAAAAUGCAACGCUAAACACGUCAGCUGCUUUCCCACAACAGGCAUCAUUUUCAGCCGACAGUUUGCAGCAGCUGCUCCUCCAAAACCAGCUGAUGCAGACUCAGUUGCUGGGCCUAGGCGGUGUUGUUGAUGCGGGACUCCUGCAGAGACUUAAAGAAAAAGAACAGCCUGCAGACUAUCAAGCUUUACAGGCCCGUGUCAUCCAGUUGGAGGGACAGGUCAAGACUUUGCAGCUGGAGCGAGACCAAAGCCAAAUGAUGCUGGAGAGCAUGCAGCAGCGGCACAAACAGGAUAUGGAGCUCCUGGAGAACGCACACAAAGCUCGUGUGAAACUGCUCGAGGAUUCGGUUGCCCAGCGGGAGAUUCAAGCGCGACAUGAGUGCGAAGACCUAAUGGAACGCCUGGCAACGGUAACACGAGCGGCUGAGAAGGAACGCUCGGAGCUCCAGGCUCAGUACCAGCGGAAAAUGGCCCAGGCCCAGCAGGAAAGAGACUGUGAGGUGGAGAGACUCAGAGACCUUCAGAGAAAAUCUAUCUUGGAGAUGAAGAGAGACUAUGAGGAUCAGAUCCACAGGCUGAAGAGGCUAAAGGAAGAAGAGAUCGAUGCUGUUACAAGCGCAACAUCUCAGACCAGAUCCGUUGCAGGGGUGAUUGAAAAGAUGGAGCAGUUCUCCUCGCGUCUUGGAGAGCUUUCCUCUCGGGUGGAGAGCACGCACGAACACACCGCUCACGGCCUGGAGCAGGAGGCACGGCACAGAGACGAGCAGCUUCGAACAAUGCAGGGUCAUCUGGCCCAGCAGCAGAAAGCCAUGGCAGAGGAGAAAGCUUACCUGAAGGACAUUAUUUCCAGGAUGGACACUCAGCUUAAAGAGCAGCAGAGACAGCUUGAGAAGGAGCGCUGGAAGAUGACAGCAGAACAGGCCAAAGCCGAGUCGACCCAAAGAAGCCUGGAGGAAGAGCGGCGUGUCCUCACCACGCAGAUCAGCGUGGAGCGAGAGGAGCUGGAGAGAGCCAAGAGCGCGUUACUGGAGGAGCAGAAGUCAGUGAUGCAGCACUGCGCGGAUGAGAGGAGGAAGCUGGCGGCCGAGUGGGCACUCUUCCACGCCCAGGAGAAGCAGAGGCAUGAGAGGGCUGAGCGUGAGGUCAGCAGUCUGUUGGAGAAGAGGGAGGGAUCCAUCAUAAGUCUGGCACAGGAGCAAGCUGACUUGAAGCUUCGCACGGCCGAGCUGAAACAGAAGGAGCUGGCCGUGGCACGGGAGCGAGAGGCUCUGGAAGAACUUAGAGAAGAGCUGGACAGAGAAAAAGAAAGACUAAGCAGCACGGCCCUGAGACUCAAAACACGAGCCCAGGAGGUCGAGGCCUUCAGCAAGCUCGCGGCAGAGAAAUAUGAGGAGGGGGAACGAGCGUUGCAGGAGGCAAAACGAUUGGAGGCGGAGCACAAUGCGCGACUGAGAAAUAUUCACAGCCAAACAGAGCACCUGAGGCAGCAGGAGCAACGGAUUUUAAAGGAGCAAAUACGAUUAAGUCACCUGCAGAAGGAUACAGAGAGGCUGAGGCAAAACCCUCCUCUUACACCUCUACCACAAAUUAUUGCCCCCGUUUUACCAGACUCAGUUUCAGAGCUCCCUGCAACCCUGAAUGUUCCUCCUCCAGUUUCAUUUACCAGCUCUCAGUCUAUGGCACUUCAGGCCAAUCUGGCUCUGUGGAGAUAUACUGCAGAAAAGGUGAUCGCAUUUUUAGUUGCAAAUGUCAAAUAUCACUAAAACAGAAACGACAAACAGCAGCUCACAAGUUCUAUUUUUCCUCACAUGUGAAAUUUUUACCUCUUACUUGAGCCAACCUUAUUUGAUCCUAAAUUAAGACACAGGUCUGAUUGUUUGUGGAUGUUUUUGGAUGAAAUCUAUUUCAGUGAAGCCAAACACAUCUUCUUCCCACCACUCUGGCUCCAAUUCCACAUUCACCUCUGUGCAGAAGUAGCAGGCGAUGUGCGUGACUGAGUAAUUGGCCCAAAACCUGCCCAAAGAAAUUGCUCACUUCCACUGCACAUCAUAGACUUCAUGGCCUCUGUUUAUUUCUGUACAGCAGCGUGCUAUACUGACAUUUUUAGUGUUCCUUGGGGUGGCUGUGGCUCAGUAGGGUAGAGCAGGUUGUCGGUUUGAUGCCUGACUGCUCCAGGCAGCAUGACAAAGUACCCUUGUGACUCAGGUAGAGUAGAAAACCAGUCCGUUUACCACUCUUUUGAACACAAGUGUCUGCUCUGGCCAAACAAAAUCAGAAUGGUGGUGUGACGUUUGGAAGGUUGAAACCAGCCCAACGCUUUCCUAUUUCCAUAUUUAUCAAUUUACUGUCCUAAAAUUAAGAAACCCUUCAAAAAACUGAGACUGUUCUGUAAGGAGAGUUCAGCGUAUCUCUCCAUUAUCUGGGUCCCCUUACCCCAACAUGUGCAACUGGGAUAAGUAGUCAUGCAAAGCUGGUUAUCAACUAAGUUAACCCAGGGUUUCACAUGUAUGUUCAGGCAUUUAGCAUCUGACCAAUCACAAUUAUUGCCAAAGCAAGGUCACCACAGAAACCUUGGAGCCACCAGGAUAGUACAGGCAGCAAUUUUUACAUUUAAGAAACAGAUUAAUCCAUUUAGUUUUAAAUUUAUCCUAGACAUAAACUGAAAGAAUAUAUAAACCAGUACAGUCUGUUUAAGAUUUUAAUUCCAAGUCUGAGGUUAUUAAUUGCACCAAGGUUUGUUCAUAUCUUUUAUUUUGGUAACUGUUGCUAAACUGUUGGUGGGAAAAAUGGAACCACAGCAAACAAUCCAAAAGAAAUGACUUCAGAUAAACACAAGUGUUAUGAUCCAGUACAGGCUUUUAUUGCGCUUUGGAAACUCAGUCAACAUGAGGCAUCACAGUGCACAUGGCUUUUUAAUACAAUCACUAUUUAGCCAGCAAUGCUUGAAAUCAUUUGUCAAUAAUUCAAGUGUUCAGAUUUGACUGACUGGAUUUUGUUUUUCUGCCCCCAACAGGACCGUGAAUAUCUCCAAGAGGAGCAGUACUUUCUAGAAAAUCUGAAAAAGAAAUCUUACAGAUCAUCUUUCAGCACAGAUUGACCAACACAUGCUGGGGGUUCUUCCCAGCACAUAUGGACUCAUGUUACUUUUUAUACUUGAAUUUUAUACGUCAUUGUAGUUUUAUUAAAAGCACAUUUCUGAUCCAA